GAAAAAUUUAAAGACAGCCUAUAACAGAAUAAAAUUAACAGUUUUGAAAGGAAUUCAAAUUGAUGACAAAAGAUUCACAGCUCAAGUAUUGUUUUUAUUUAGAGGCAUCUAUUUAAUAAGAACCUGUGACAUUUUAGCGUUCAUUGAGGAAAAGAUUAAAAACUGCAAAAAAAUGCUAAGUUUAGUUACAUGAAUUUAGAUUAAUAAGGUGGUUGCACUGCCUACUAUAGAAAUAGCAAAGUUAGUUUCUCAAGCUAGUUGAAAUACCAAAAGCAUAGCUCCUGUGGUACCACAAUCCUAAGGAAGAGGUUGAAUUAGUUGCCAAAGAGGGAAUCUCUGUUCUGUAGACAUGGUUGGCAGUGAAAGAAAUCGCUUCGACCCAAGAGAGGAACUAUGCAAAGGGAAACAGGUGCAAAAUGAGGAGAUUCUUCCCAAGAUUUACUGAUACAGCUGUACAUAAGGCCAUCAAAAAUUAUGCCUAAAUAUCCUUACGAAGAGGCAGCAUGCAUGUGCAUUUUGACAUCCCUGUCCCCUCAUAGUUUGCUACAACUUUUGCUAGGGGGUCAUUUGCCCUGGCGCAGAAUGGGUUGUAGGGGAUGGGUGUGAGUGGUUUUUUCAGUGUAAAGUCCAACAGGUUACUUUUAACUUACUGGCAGUUUAAAUUGCCAGAUUUUGAACUGAGGAGUGUACCAAUACACAUUCCUUCCUGUUGAUUUCCAGGAAGGGAGAGAGACGGGCAGGAACAUUUAGCUGAGGAAUGGAAUGGACAACUGGAGGUGGUAACUUUUUAAACUUCUGGGGGGCAAGAAUUGCUAGAGUUUGUCUGUCAGCAGGCUGUGUGUGCCUGCUGUCUGACACGUUUCUGGGUUUAGUAAUGUCUCUAAGUACACACAUGACUUAUUUUGGAAUCUUCUGUAAUACUCUUAAUAGUUGAGUUAUGUUAGGUAUCCAAAGAGGUCUGCAACAAAUACUGUAAAUAAACUUACUGUGUUUCUAGCAGAACUCAGAUUUAAUUUACUUGUAAGCUUGUUGGUCAUACCUACUUCCCUUCUGGGUAGAACUUAGCUGUCAGUGAUUAGAUGUACUGGUUAAGCACAUCAAGCAUGUUCAUGUGAUAAUGUGACAGCAGAAUUGGUUGAUACCAGACUUGUAGCUGAAGGGGUAUCUGUCCCCAUUGUGAGAAGCAGCUCUCCAGUGGUGCAUAACAAAGGGAUACAGAUUUAAUAUUACUAUGUUAUUUUUUCAUGAACUGAGAAAGCAAGCUAGAAUUUCAUAAUCACUUAAGUAUCUGAGUUACUUUGUAUGCUUUUAAAUACAUGUUGUAUGGAGAAUGUCAGUUAUGUGCAGAGAUACUGAUUGAUAUUUAAUCCCUGACCAGUAAUUCUAUUCUUUGGAAAUCCAGCCUUAAAAGUCUGUAAACUAGAAUUACUUUCUAAGAUAGAAGUAGUAUUUUCAACUGCUAGGAAAGGCAGAAUACCUCAAAUAUACCAUUUUGAAUUCAUUAAGAGCAGUAGAAUAAGCAAUCUUUUCAUGAUGUUAAUUUAAAAAUGAAAGGUUGCAUCAUUCAAGUACUCAAAUAACGUGAUUUGUAUAGACCCUAAACUGUGUCAGACCAAUGAUUGUAAUACACUGGAGGAAAAACUACCACCAUACUGCCCAAAGGCAUAAAUUUGAACUUUCUAGAGCAAUUCAAGAACUGGUGGAAAUAAUGUGCUACACCAAAAUACAGAGAGAAAGUAUACAUGUUACAAAACUUUUAUAAAUUUUUGUGCAUUAAAGCUCUUUUAAAGGAACUGUUGUGCUUCAUUCUUAAAGAAGACAAAUGGUGUCUAAAUAUCUAACUGUUUAGUAGUGGGUGUCAAUAGCCAGAGCUCAACUAUGAGGAGAAGUGUUUUAAGACACUCAUUUUUCCCUGUUGUGCCACUAAAGAUGUCAUUGCGCUGCAUUUUCAAACAGAUUUUUAGUUAAAGUCUUUGGUUAGGUUAUUAGGCUAUUGGCAGGGAUUAUGAGAACUGCAGAAAUCGAAUAAAACAUAACUUUGGUUGUGAGUUGUAACUUCAUGCUGUAUGGUUUGUGUAGAUCCUGGAUAGACAUGGCAUUCAGGAAGAAAAGCUGUCAAAAGGAGAUAGGAACCUUUCAUUUGUUUGGAGUGUUGUGUCUGAUACAAUUAGCAACACAACUCUCAGUAGCACAGAGUCUGUACUUCAGCCACCUCUUGAUUGUUUUAUGAUUGAAAGAAAUGAGUAGGAUUUAUAAUUGCAAUUGGCUGGAAGUGCCAUGGGGAGAUGGAGAUUUAGGUUCUUGGGCAGAUCGCUCACCUCUGCAUGAGGCAGCCAGUCAAGGACGUCUUCUUUCUCUAAAGACUUUAUUGUCACAGGGGUACAAUGUAGACACACUAACAAUUGACCAGGUAACUCCACUCCAUGAAGCCUGCCUGGGAGAUCAUGUAGGAUGUGCAAGAAUCCUCCUUGAAGCAGGAGCAAAUGUAAAUGCUACAACGAUUGAUGGAGUGACACCUUUAUUUAAUGCCUGUUCGAGAGGCAGUGCAGCAUGUGCUGAGCUCCUGUUGCAGUAUGGUGCCAAAGCUCAGUGGGAGUCCUGUCUGCCAUCACCAACACAUGAAGCAGCCAGCAGAGGUCACAGUGAAUGCCUGGAGGUACUGAUAUCCUGGGGUAUAGAUGUUGAUCAAGAUCUUCCUCAUUUAGGAACACCUCUGUAUGUAGCUUGUGUUUCACAGCAGAUCCACUGUAUUCGAAAGCUUCUUUAUGCAGGUGCCAACGUGCAGAAAGGAAAGCAUUUGCAGACUCCACUCCAUGCUGCUGCUCAGCAUUCUAGUACAGAGAUUGUAAAUUUACUCCUUGAAUUUGGGGCAGACAUAAAUGCCAAAAAUUCAGAUUUUGAGAGGCCUGUUGAUUUAGCUGCCCCAAGCAGUUUAGUGGAGGGACUGCUGCUCUUCCAUGAAGCCACACCAUCUUCUCUUUGUCAGCUCUGCCGACUAUGUAUCCGAAAUUACAUAGGAAGAGCUAGACUGCAUCUUGUUCCACAACUUCAGUUGCCAACAAUACUUAAGAAUUUCUUACAGUACAGAUAACAUAGUAAUUGAUUGUUAGAAACUUAAAUAUAGCAAGUACAUUUUCUUCUGUUUAUUGUACGUUUUAUCUAAAGAACUGCUGGGCGGAAAAAAAAGCCUUUUGCAUAUUGCUUAAAAAAAUCCUAUCUUUGACACCUGGUGUUUGUAAUGUAAUAGUAAUUGGGAGCCAUUCAGCAACUAGUGCCAAGGUGCUAAUCCAGCUGAAUUGAAUAAGUGUGCUGAUACUCUGGGACAUGAUUGUACAACUUUAUCUUAACCCCUAAUAGCUUUAGUGCUGUUAACUUUAAUUGUGUUUAUGUUUUUAAAAUCCGUUUGACACACCUGAACCACGGAAAGUUUCUUCAUUAUUAUUUGUUAAGUUUGUCCAUUUGGAGUCAAUAUUUUAUGUAUUUUUAAAUUUCUGUUGUUCAUGUACCUAAAAAUACUUGGUGAUGGGUGCACUUUAUGCAUUGAGGGUGCACUAUAUGCAUUGAUAAAAAUAAAGCAAUUAGAUGUCAAUUCUUUUUCUUUAUAAAGACAAUUCAUUAAUCACAGUGAGAAACUUCCUUUACUCUUCCUCACUGCCUGUGCUGUGAAUUGUAAUUAAGCUGAUGUGAAC